AUGUCGGCAGCAGAAAGGCACGCCAUGUGUGAGGCUGAGAAAAUAAAAGGCAAUGAGAGCUUCGCCUCGGGAGACUUGGAUGAAGCAGAGUUGCAUUAUACGAGGGCCAUCCGUCUCCGCUCGGAUGUAUCAGUACUAUGGUCCAAUAGAGCCUUGGUGCGGCUAAAGCUUCGCCGCCCUCGAGAAGGGCUAGAGGAUGCUCAGAGAGCCAUCGCGUUGGAUCCUAAGAAUGUGAAGGCCUUUCAUCGACGUGGUAAAGCUCGCGCGGAGUUGGAUUACCUCGAGGAAGCAGUGAAAGACUUUCAGACAGCUCUCAAGAUACUCAACGAUAGUGGCGCAGAGCAGGGAAUCAUUGGCAGAGUCAAUGCUGACCUUGCUACUGCCAGACGAAAGCUAAUUUACAAGCAACGCGCGCAAGUCAAAGAAGAUAUCGAGGAGCCAAAAAUACAGGAGAUUUUCGAUGAAUCACCAGUUGUGUAA